AUGUCAGCAGCUUGCGCAAGAGUCAUGCGAUUCGCAGCACAGAAACUAAAACCUGGUCAGGAUUUGACUGCCAUAGAUCAUGUAAUCCAAGCUGUUGUUCGGGUUCACGAGAUUCAGGAUGCUCUGAAGGAAUCAGGGAUUUCCGAUCCUGAUCUAAUAAGAACAGCAAUUCUCGAAAUACGAUCCAAAUUAUGCCUCGAUACAAGUGCAAAUGAGACUUUCAAUAUUAGGCUUGACCAGACAUUCGCGCUUGAUAACAUAGAAGUGGUCCAACGCAACCGUACUCGUCAUCCUGUUGGUUAUGAAGAUGAAACCCGGGAAAUCAUACAAAUAUUGAGCCGGAGACGGAAAAGAACCCCCGUUGUUGCCGGUGAGUCUUGCAUGACAAGAAGAUUCAUUAUGGAAGUAUUGGCUUCGAUGAUUCUCAGCUCUAAGGUUCCGUCGGAACUUGAGCGAUACCGAGUUCUACCUGUGCAAAAGGGAUUCUUGGAGGCCGGACUUUGGGAUUUGGAGGAGCGUGGAGAUAAGAAGGAUAUCAUCAAGCUACUCAAGCUUGUGCUAGAAGGGGACGAAAUUCGCUGCAUUGUUACGACUUCUUUAGACGAAUUCUAUGGGAGUUUCUCCUCCUCCGAUCAGUUUCAACCUGUUUUGACGGCUGAGCCUUCUAUAAUCGAGACAGUCUCCCUUCUUCGGGGCAUGAGAAAAGACUCGGAAGCUACAAAUAAAGUUAAUAUCCUUGAUGCCACAAUUGUCGCAGCCGCUAAUCUUGCGACGCACUUUUUACCAAGACGACCUCUUCCUGAUUGUGCUGUCGACCUUAUUGAUGAAGCCGAGGCUGUAGCCAGAAUAGAACUUCAUUGCGCCUUGGAUAUGAGCUAUCGGCGAAGUAUCUCUUCGUGUUCCGUUGCAUCGGCGCCUUUGGACCAUGCCGACUACUCAAUCGGUUGGAUUUGCCCUUUGGCAGUUGAAAUGGCAGCCGCGCAACUGAUGCUCACCAAACUGCAUCUACCACUUAAAUGUCUCGAGAAAGACCCCAAUCAAUACAUCUUGGGAAGUAUCGGGAACCAUAAUGUUGUCAUCACCUGCCUACCCCACGGCGUUCCGGGGAGUACUUCAGCAACAGUCGUAGCCGAUCGAAUGAAUGCGACAUUCCGAUCUCUCAAAUAUAUCCUGCUCGUCGGAAUUGGUGGCGGGGUGCCAGAUCAUACAGAUAUUCGACUCGGAGAUGUGGUUGUCAAUCAGCAAAUCAUCCAAUAUGACUACGGCAAGGCAAUGGCCAACGGAAAGUUUGAACGAAUAGGUCAAUUGGCGAAGCCAGCCCCGGCACUUCUCACUGCUAUGAGUCGCAUCGAAACGAAUCAUUUAAGUGAUCCUUCGCACAUAUCGAAAAUUAUUGGUGAACUUGUCUUUCAAAAUCCCAUCUUUGUAUUCCCUGGAUGUCGGGAGGAUGUGCUAUUCGACGCAUCGUAUGGACAUGGGAGUGGAUGCCCGAUUGUUCUCAGUGCGAUGUGGAAAUAUUGGUUUCUAGAGCUGUCCGAAGUCAUGAUGGUCCCUAUGUGCAUUACGGUAUCGUUGCAACGGGUAAUCAGGUCAUAA